GUUCAAAAUCAUUUCUUUAGUUCUUUGAGACACUCUUCUUCUUCUUCUUCUUCUUCUUCUUCAACAUGGUUAAGAUUUCAGUUUCUCUUCACAUUUCCAUGGUGGGUUCUUGCAGGAAACCAGCUUUUUUGUGAUGCUUCUCCUUUUGGGCUCUCUUUUUUGAGAGAGAGAGAGAGAGAGAGAGAGAGAGAGCCUUUUUUAAAGCUGCUUCUUCUCUUUAUUUGGUGCAGUGGGUAGUUGAAGCUCUCUUGAGAAGCCAUUUCAGUGAUAUCGAGCUUGCUUGUUAGCUGUGUUCUUUUGUUUUGGUAUUGGGAUAUCAAAGCUUGGUUCUUUGUGGGCAGAUUUUGAGACCUUUUUUUUUUUUUCAUUUCACCGUCACCAGCUUGAUCAUCAUCAGCUGGAAAAAAAAGCCAAAACCUCACUAAAAGACUAUCCACUUGGCCUUUACUUGAGGCUUGUUUGCAAUAAAAAUCCCUCAUUUAACUCCCUUUUGCUUUAUAUAUAUCAUACUAAAGGACGGACUUUACUAAGCUGAGCUCUUUUGUUUUUAUAUAUAAACAAAGAUUGGUUCUUGGAGUCUUGGUUUUUAGCAAGAAAAAUGGCUAUGGCGGUGGCCCAACACAGGGUGAGCACCAGUGGUAGUAGCAGCAUCAACAAACAUCUUGAUGCCUCAGGCAAGUAUGUUAGGUACACAGCUGAGCAAGUUGAAGCCUUGGAACGAGUCUAUGCUGAGUGCCCCAAGCCAAGUUCUUUGCGUAGGCAACAGUUGAUAAGGGAAUGCCCCAUUCUUUCCAACAUUGAACCUAAACAGAUCAAAGUUUGGUUUCAAAAUCGCAGGUGUAGAGAGAAGCAAAGGAAAGAGUCUUCAAGGUUGCAGACUGUAAAUAGAAAAUUAUCAGCAAUGAACAAGCUAUUGAUGGAGGAGAAUGACCGGUUGCAAAAACAGGUUUCUCAGCUGGUUUGUGAGAAUGGUUAUAUGAGGCAACAAUUGCACACUGUAAAUGCAUCGGCAACUGAUGCAAGCUGUGACUCUGUGGUUACCACUCCUCAGCAUUCACUAAGGGAUCCCACAAACCCUGCUGGACUCCUCUCGAUUGCAGAGGAGACCUUGGCAGAGUUCCUUUCCAAGGCUACAGGAACUGCUGUCGAUUGGGUCCAGAUGCCUGGGAUGAAGCCUGGUCCGGAUUCGGUUGGGAUAUUUGCCAUUUCCCAAAGUUGUAGUGGAGUGGCAGCUCGAGCCUGCGGUCUUGUAAGUUUAGAACCUACAAAGAUUGCAGAGAUUCUAAAGGAUCGUCCUUCUUGGUUACGGGACUGCCGGAACCUCGAAGUUUUCACAAUGUUUCCAGCUGGCAGUGGUGGAACAAUCGAGCUUGUAUACACACAGAUGUUUGCCCCAACUACGCUGGCUCCUGCGAGGGACUUUUGGACUCUAAGAUACACUACAACGUUAGAGAAUGGCAGUUUCGUGGUCUGCGAGAGAUCCCUUUCCGGAUCUGGUGCUGGCCCGAGUACAGCUGCGGCAGCUCAAUUUGUGAGAGCCGAAGUGCUUCCUAGUGGGUAUUUGAUUAGACCAUGUGAAGGUGGAGGGUCAAUCAUCCAUAUUGUUGACCACCUAAAUCUCGAGGCAUGGAGUGUGCCGGAGGUGCUGCGCCCACUUUACGAAUCAUCAAAAGUAAUUGCUCAGAAAAUGACAAUUGCGGCUCUGCGCUAUGUUAAGCAAAUUGCUCAGGAGACAAGUGGUGAGGUAGUUUACAGUAUGGGAAGGCAACCAGCUGUCCUAAGAACUUUUAGCCAAAGAUUAAGCAGAGGCUUUAAUGACGCAAUAAACGGAUUCAACGAUGACGGCUGGUCGAUAAUGAAUUGUGAUGGUAAUGAGGAUGUGAUAAUUGCAAUUAAUUCAAGCAAGAGCUUUAGCUGCACUUCAAAUCCCAACAAUGCUCUUCCCUUUGUCGGGGGGGUUCUGUGUGCAAAGGCAUCCAUGCUGCUUCAAAAUGUUCCACCUGCUGUGUUAGUGCGAUUCCUAAGAGAGCACCGCUCGGAGUGGGCCGAUUUCAAUGUUGAUGCAUAUACUGCUGCAUCAUUGAAGGCCGGAACAUAUGCAUAUCCUGGAAUGAGACCUACGAGGUUUAGUGGUAGUCAGAUUAUCAUGCCACUUGGUCACACGAUUGAACAUGAAGAGAUACUUGAAGUUAUUAGACUCGAAGGCCAUUCCCUUGUACAAGAAGAUGCCUUCGUAUCAAGAGAUAUUCACCUAUUGCAGAUAUGCAGUGGAAUCGAUGAGAAUGCUGUUGGAGCAUGUUCGGAGCUUGUCUUUGCUCCGAUCGAUGAGAUGUUUCCAGAUGAUGCUCCCUUAAUACCUUCUGGAUUCCGAAUUAUUCCAUUGGAGUCAAAACCAGCUGAUACACAGGAUUCGUUGACCACAAAUCGGACUUUGGAUCUGACUUCAAGUCUUGAAGUGGGGCCGGCUACAAACCAUUCUUCUGGAGAUGUUCCGUCAUCUCAGAACUCGCGAUCGGUGUUGACGAUUGCCUUCCAGUUUCCCUUUGAUAGCAGUCUUCAGGAUAAUGUUGCAACCAUGGCACGCCAGUAUGUCCGUAGUGUCAUUUCUUCUGUGCAACGGGUUGCGACGGCCAUAUCUCCAUCCGGAUUGAGCGCGGAUGUAGGACCAAAGCUAUCUCCAGGCUCUCCCGAAGCACUUACACUAGCUCAGUGGAUCUGCCAGAGCUACAGUUAUCAUAUAGGGGCAGAAUUGUUGAGAUCCGAAUCACUUGGCAGUGACUCGAUGUUGAAGAAUCUCUGGCAACAUCAGGAUGCAAUAUUGUGUUGUUCAUUGAAGUCGCUACCGGUUUUCAUCUUUGCAAAUCAAGCUGGUCUUGACAUGCUCGAAACAACCCUAGUGUCCCUACAAGACAUCACACUGGAUAAAAUAUUCGAUGAACCUGGACGCAAGGCAUUGUGCUCCGACUUCGCCAAGUUGAUGCAGCAGGGAUACGCAUACUUUCCGGCGGGAAUCUGCAUGUCGACAAUGGGACGACAUGUUUCGUAUGAACAAGCUGUUGCUUGGAAAGUACUUGAAGCUGAUGAGAGCACUGUCCAUUGCUUGGCCUUCUCUUUUGUAAACUGGUCUUUUGUGUGAAAAAAACACAUUUUACUAUAAUUUAGCAGAAGAAAAGUUUUGUAAUAUUGAAGAAACCAGCUCAAGUUUGCAUUUUAUUAAUUUAAUUUAAUUUUUUUAGUGAA